GUCGAUGUCUGUUCUUCCACAACAUCAGCUUCAGGCUCCUCGGCGUCAUCAACGACUACAUCGACUUCUUCGAGCACUACUAGCGAAGACCAGAGGACGACUGUGCCUCCACAACGGUCAUUGCAGCAGUUCGCAAAUACUCGUGUGCGCUUGGAAGAGCAACUACAGGAGCAACGCGAGGGAGGGCCACAUGACGAAGAAGAAAGAGGGUGGACGUCAAAGCAGCAGAGCCAGGACCCUGCUUGCAGCACGGCCACUGCUCUUUCGCCUUCGAUUGGUGGAAAUUCGAGAACAGGACUUCCGCAACAGCUUUCUAAACCGAUAGCAAAUGAGGGCGAAGCCGUGCAACCAGGAAAGGAUAUUGCGGGCUGCCCAAUAGGUUCGAGACGGCCGUCCUUGCCCGUAGAAUGGAGCGCCAUUUCUCCCUCUCCCAGCGAAGAGCCGCCAGACUGUGGAAGAACGUCGCCGACAUUGAUUGCGGGGGUCGACAUAGUGAACGAGCAGUUGCAUCAAGAACGAAUACGAAGCCGCGGAGACGGAGGCGACCCCGGCCGCGGCGAGGAGACACCACAGCGGCUUUCAGUUUCAAAUAUUACAACAAACUUAAAUAAGUACGAAUACCGAACGGAGGCCGAGGCGAUAGAGAAUCUCCGAGACCGUGGUCUAGUCGACCCGCAGGUGCUACCCCAUGUAGCCUCGAGCACCAGGAACAGCUUUCCAGAGCAAGAAAAGUCCAGCAGCGACCUUUCUCCAUGUGACGCCCAAGUCGACGAGCGAAACGAAAAAGUGACACCAUCGAGCGAAGGUGAAGUCACUUCAUCUAUCCCACGCUCUGGUGCCGUAAAUUCAGAGCAAGAACAAGAUAAAUCGGCAAAGUCAUUCGCCUCAUCUUCUCCCUCGAAAAAAGAGGUCCAAAAGCAUGACGACGGCAGAACAAGCGCUAAGCUCGACCAACAUGAAUCUAGGACAGCGUGUCUGCGGGUGUUUUUCGCACGCUUAUUUCUUGGAAUUCUUGCGGCACCCGUCUUGUUCCGAAGCAUGCAGGUAGCAUUUUCUGCCGUUGUCGAUACCGUCUUCGAAGAUGAAAUACUUUGAAUCUUAGCUUUUGAUAUUCUAUCUCUGCUCAAACGUGCGUGCUAAUGGUACAAAUCUCGUUCGCCAUACCACAUCUCACGACCAUUCAACAUUCAUUGGUUUCCUUCGACAUAGACGCAUGGUACACAUAUUUCGGAAACGACGCUCCUCACGAUCCAGGAGCAGACGAGGCCAGCAUGCACACACGAUUCCGGCUCCCGGAAAUAAUCAAGCAGUAGAGGUUUCUGUAGUAUAAACAUUUUCCUUUUGAUGUUUCGAUCUGAUGCUUGAUGUAUUCCCGGUUUCUGUAAAUGGAUUUCUGUGCCCGUAUAGUUGAUAAAAGACAGUGAGAAUAACGUCUCGACGGUCAUCAUGAACAAUGGCAACAGGGACAACAGAAUGCGUGAG